AUGUGUAUAGCAACUCUCUCAAUACUGUACUCCUUUUCCAUAUUUAAAAAUUCCAAAAAUUCCUUAAAAACAAAUACAACAAAUACAACAAGUACUUACACCCAAGAAUUAAAUUUUACGAUAGCAUCACCGUAUCCAAAAGUGUUUGAAGAAGCAUAUGUUGAUUCGACAUUAGAUUUUAUUGUACUUGGUGAUUGGGGAUUUAAUGCAAAUGGUACCGGGCGAAAACAUGGUGAUCAAGUCCAUGUUGCCUUCGCUAUGGAUAAUUGGGCAAAAAAAUAUAAUACUAGCUUUAUCGUUAAUGUUGGUGAUCAUCAAGGAGUGAAAAGUAUUGACGAUCCAAAAUGGAAAAAAAAUUGGUUAGAUGUAUACAAGGGAAGAUUAUCAGAAAUACCUUGGUACAGCGUCGCUGGAAAUCAUGAUUGGUAUAACAAUAUAACAGCUCAAGUUGACUAUUAUUGGUCAAGAAAUAAUCGAUUUUUUCUUCCUUCUCUAUUCUACGUUCGCACUUCGGUGUUUGGACCAGAAAAAACUAAAGUGGCAUGGAUCCAUAUUGAUACUAGUAUAUUUUAUUAUGAAUACGAGACUUUAACCAAAAAGAAUUUAUUAAAAAGUAAUCUUCAUAAUUUUGGUGUACAUACUUCAGAAGCUGUUGAGGAUAGAUUAAAUUGGAUUGAAGAAAAUUUAGCAUUUCAAGGAGAUGCUAAAUGGAUUUUCGUUGUUGGUCAUCACCCACUUAUUGGUGAUUGUGCAAAAAACAGAUAUAUGCCCCGUUUAUUGUCACUUUUUGAACAUUACCGAAUAAAUGCAUAUUUUGGUGGCCACACUCAUGUUCUAGAAUAUCAGCAUCCGAAACCAUCAUCACCUGUUGCAAUAUUUACUUCUGGAGCGGGAAGUCGAUCAAGUGGUGGUUGUAGUGGCAAAGAUUGGGGAAUGCCUGAAGGAACUCUAGGGUUUUUACAUGUUAAAAUUACGAGUAAUAGUGAUGAAAUGUCGUUUGAAUUUGUGGACGCAACUACUUACAAAGCUAAAGUUGUUUAUCAAGGGAAAAUCAAUUGCACUCCAAUUUAUUACUUUUAA